AUGAAAUUAUUAAAAGCAAUAGAUUUAUAUGGUAAAAUUCCUAAAGGAUUGGCAGAGCCAACAAGUUCAGGAGCUGUGGUGUCAAUUAUAACAUUAAUAUUUUUGGGAUUAAUGAUUAUGAAUGAAAUGAUUGUAUUAAAAAUUAGCAAUAAAUUAUAUAGGAAUAUGUUACAAUAGAUGUUCAAUCAGAAAUCAUCGUGGAUCAAUAAUUAUCUAAGGAUAGAGUUUAAGUGAAUUUUGAUAUAAAGUUUGUUAGAGCUCCAUGUGACUUUAUAGAAUUAGAUUAAUAAGAUGCAAUGGGAUAGAGUUUAUCAUAAUAAUUCAUUGAAUUAAAAUAUUACAGAUUAGAUUCAAGUGAAAGAAGGAUUGGCGAAUAUGUAAAAAUUGAAAUAAAAAAUAAUAUAGAUAAGAAAUAAUAACAAUUGGGUUGUGAUUGAAGAUGCAAGAACAGCAGUAGGUGAAAAGUAAGGAUGUGAAGUGGUCGGAAAUUUAAAAGUUAAUAGAGUUAGAGGAAAGAUAUCAUUUGGACCUCAUCGAUCUCAUUCUUAUAUUGGUGCAGUUGGAAAUGUUCAUCUUCCAUUAGAUUAUUCUCAUAAAUUUAUAUAAUUUACAUUUGGAGAUGAAAAUGCACUUAAAAAAGUUAAAAGCUUGUUUAAAUAAGGUUAAUUAGAAUCUUUGGCUGGUACUCAAAGAAUUAAGAAAUAUGAAUUAGCAAGUUAAUCAGUAUUUUUAUAGAUAUAAUACAUUUUAGAUGUAACAUGAACACUUUAUAAACAUUAUCCCUACUCAUUACACAUUAUUAAACAAAUAAACAUAUUCAGUUUUUUAAUAUACAGCCAAUCACAAUGAAGUUAGAUCACACAAUUAUCCCAGUGCUCAAUUAAGGUAUUUUUAUUUAUAUUAUUCAGAUAUGAUUUUGCUCCAACUACUGUUACAUAUUGGUAAACUAAAGAGGAUAUAUUACAUUUCUUAGUCCAAGUUUGUGCUGUGAUUGGGGGUAUAUUCACAGUAUCAAGCAUGAUUGAAGCUAGUGUAUAUAAAGUUAUGAGAAGUGUAUUAAAAGUUGAAUGA